AUGGCGGCGGCUGCGGCGGAGGCGCGCGUGUUCCUGGAAGUGCGGAGACGGCUGCAGAGCGCGCUGCUGAUCCUGGGCGUUCCAAACGAAGGAGGUCUCCCCGUGGAUGUUUGCGUAACGCCGACCUCGCUCCAGGUGAAAAGCCCUGGCGGCUGCACGGAGCUCUGGCUGCCAGCAGGGGUCAGGCUUGUCCCGUCCUCCUGCCGUGGGCUGCGGCACGUGGCCGGGGACGGGCUGCACCUGCGGCUGCAGGCGCGGGCGGAAUUCUGCACAAAACUGAUCUCCAUGUUUAAUCAAAGCUCCCAAGCCCAAGAAUGUUGCACGUUUUAUUGCCAGUCCUGCGGUGAAAUCAUUAUGAAGAACAGGAAGCUCCUGAGGGUGCUCCCCCUGCCACACGAAAACUGGGGUGCUCUGGUUGAUGAGUGGUGCUGUCACCCCAACCCCUUUGCUAAUAAGCCACUUCAUCCACAAGAGAAUGACUGUUUCACUGGAGACUGUUUCUUCUUGGUGAAUUUAAGACGUGAUUUACAGCAGCCUAGACCUGAAGUACCCCCAGUGGAGACGCGCUGUCUUUCUUCUGAGAACCAUUUAAAAAUGAAACGAAAGGCAAAUACCAAAGUAAUUUGUAAGCGUUGCAAGGUAAUGUUAGGAGAGACUGUGUCAUCAGAAACCACUAAGUUUUAUAUGACAGAGAUAAUUAUUCAGCCAUCUGAAAGAAAUUUUCCCAUCAUACCAAGGUCUCAGUUUGUACAGAGCGUUUUUGCCCAGUGCCUGGUGGAACUCUCCUCUGCUAGAAGCACUUUUAGAUUCACUCUUCAAGGACACGACGGCAAAGCAUACAUCUUGCUAUGGCUUUUAAACUCAGACACUUUGGUGAUUGAAGCUUUGGAAAGUUCCACAAGUACCAAAAAAUUCCCUCUGUUGGAAGACUUAUUGAAGGCCGAUUCCAGUUCUGCCUGGAAUGCUGUCAAGGUCCUCUACCAGCCAUGCAUCAAAAGCAGGAAUGUACAGCUCACCAGCGCAUGGGAAAGUGACGUCAGUGUCCACUGCCUCACCCUGCCCUCUGCAACCUGCUUGGAGCUGCUGUUGAUAUUGUCAAGGAGCAAUGCCACGUUGCCUCCCUCCCUCCGCUGCAUGAAUUCUUUCCAGUCAGAUUGCCGAAUGCAGGUUUAA